ACUAGCUGCUAGUAUAAAGCACGCCUUCCCCUCCUCGUUCUCGAGGCCAAACUCAAAACAAGAACUCACAAUCAACUUCAGUCCCGUAGAAGGAAUUUGGAAAGCAAAAGUGCACCUCUGAGAGUUCAACUACUGCAGCUUGAAUGGCAACGCCCAAGCUGUCCCCGGUCUCACCGGUGCGGCGGGACGACAAGCCGUGCGCGCCAUCCUCCUCCUCGUCGACUGUUCUGAGGGUGCAGGACGCGUCCGCGGCCGAGGCGUACGAGCAGUACCUACGCCUGCCGGAGCUGUCGAGCCUGUGGAAGGCCGGGUGCUUCCCUGAGUGGGCGGGCGAGGGCCUGGUCAAGCCGGCGCUGCAGGCGCUCGAGGUCACCUUCCGCUUCGCGUCCCUCGCGCUCUCCGACCCGCGCGGCUACGCCAGCCGCCGCGAGCUCGCGCGCCGGCUCGAGUCCCUCGCGGCGCGGGAGGUGGAGCUGGUGUCCGCGCUCUGCGAGGGCGACGACCGCAGCGCGCCGCUCGCCGAGCUGAGCGCCUCCGGGGGCGUGCUCCCGCGGGAGCGCAGCGCGUCCGAGGUGUGGCAGCUGCCCGGGAGCGCCGCCGCCGUCGUGUGCCAGGUCAGCGAGGCCAGCCUGCUCCCGCGCCUCGCCGCGUGGGACAAGUCCGAGACGCUCGCUGCCAAGAUCAUGUACGCCAUCGAGAGCCAGAUGCAGGGCUGCGCCUUCACGCUCGGCCUCGGCGAGCCCAACCUCGCCGGCAAGCCCGUGCUCCAGUACGACCGCGUCGUGCGCCCGCACGAGCUGCACGCGCUCAAGCCCAAGCCGGCGCCGGAGCCCAAGUCUGGGUACCGCAACCGGGAGCACGAGACGCUGUUCACCAUGUACCAGAUACUCGAGUCAUGGCUGCGCGCCGCGUCGCAGCUCCUCACCCGCCUCAACGAACGGAUCGAAGCCAAGAGCUGGGAGGCGGCGGCCAGCGACUGCUGGAUCCUGGAGCGCGUGUGGAAGCUGCUCGCCGACGUCGAGGACCUCCACCUGCUCAUGGACCCGGACGACUUCCUGCGGCUCAAGAGCCAGCUCGCUGUACGGGCGGCUCCGGGGUCUGACGCGUCCUUCUGCUUCCGGUCCAGGGCGCUUCUGCACGUCGCUAACACCACUAGGGACCUCAAGAAGCGUGUGCCCUGGGUGCUUGGUGUCGAGGUCGAUCCCAACGGCGGCCCACGGGUGCAGGAGGCGGCCAUGAAGCUGUACCACAGCCGUAGGCGCGGCGAGGGUGAGGAUGCAGGCAAGGUGGGGCUGCUCCAGGCCUUCCAGGCAGUGGAGGUGGCCGUGAGAGGAUUCUUCUUCGCGUACCGGCAGCUGGUGGCGGCGGUGAUGGGCACGGCGGAGGCGUCGGGCAACCGGGCGCUGUUCGUGCCGGCGGAGGGGAUGGAUCCGCUCGCCCAGAUGUUCCUCGAGCCGCCCUACUACCCCAGCCUGGACGCCGCCAAGACGUUCUUGGCGGAUUACUGGGUUCAGCAGAUGGCGGGGGCCUCUGCUCCGUCAAGACAAAGCUAGCUGAGACGGCGAAAUGGCGCGGCUGGAUAGCGACCAAAUCGCGCAGUUUUGGGGGCCUGAAGAUACAAUAUAUAUGCAUGCAUCGUAAUUUCGUUGUGGCCUUGUGGUGAUAGAGUGAUUCAUUUCUAUAGCGAUCAUGUAAGCACUAGAUUCUCUUACUAUCACUGCGCGCUGCGUUGUGUUGUGUUCUACAUAUGGAGAGAUUGAUUCAGUUAGAUGCCAUUUGUAACUAUAGGCAAGCAUUUCAAUUGGGCAACGUGUAUAUAUGGAACUUCUGUAAAUACGUGUAGAUGGUUUCAUGUAUUCAACUGACUGUACUUUGUUGAUCGAUCCAAUAUGAAGACUGGAGUAAAUUCA